UGUGGGCGUGAGACACCUAUCAGAACUGUACUCACUAAAGGGGUGGCAGGGAUCGGGAAAACAGUCUCUGUGCAGAAAUUUAUUCUCGACUGGGCAGAAGGAAAAGCAAACCAGGAUGUUCACUUCAUAUUUGCUCUUCCUUUCCGGGACCUGAAUUUGAUUAAGGAUGAAUACAGUCUGAUUGAUCUGCUUCACCGCUUUGUCCCAGAACUGAAAUCAUUUCAAUCCACUGAGCUGUUUAGGUACAAAGUCUUAUUCAUCUUUGAUGGUCUGGAUGAGUGUCGUCUUCCUCUGGGUUUUCGGAACAAUGAGAGCUGGUUUGAUGUAUCAACGAAAAUGUCACUGGAUGUGCUGUUGACUAACCUCAUUAAGGGGAAUCUGCUUCCAUCAGCUCUCCUCUGGAUAACCUCCCGGCCAGCAGCAGCCAAUCAGAUACCUCCUGAGUGCCUCCACCGGGUGACAGAGAUACGAGGGUUCAGUGAUGCCCUGAAGGAGGAGUAUUUCAGGAGGAGAUUCAGUGAUCAGAGCCUGGCCAGCAGGAUUAUCAAACAUGUGAAAUCAUCAAGGAGCCUCUUCAUCAUGUGCCACAUACCUGUGUUCUGCUGGAUUUCAGCCACUGUCCUUGAGAGGCUUUUUAGUGAGACAGACAGGGGAGAAAUUCCAAGGACUCUGACUGAAAUGUACACACACUUCCUGAUCUUUCAGAUUAGAUUGAAAAAUGACAAGUAUGUAAAAAACUAUGAAACUAAGUUUCAUGAAUACAGCAAGGAAUUCCUUUUAAAACUUGGUAAACUAGCUUUUGACAACCUUGAGAAAGGCAAUCUCCUAUUUUAUAAGCAAGAUCUCACAGGGAAUGACAUUGAUGUCACUGAAGCUUCAGUUCACUCUGGAGUGUGCACAGAAGUCUUUAAAGAGGAGUAUGGGUUGUAUCAGGAGAAGGUGUACUGCUUUGUGCAUCUGAGCGUCCAGGAGUAUUUCGCUGCUUUAUAUGUGUUUCUGUCAAACUCAUCAGCUAACCUGCUGAAGACAGCUGUGGAUCAGGCAUUAAAGAGCAAGAAUGGACACUUGGACCUCUACCUCCGCUUCCUCCUGGGCCUCUCAACCGACUGCAGUCAGACUCUGUUACGAAGACUACUGGGACAGACAAGAACCAACUCACAUAACAUUGAAGAAACAGCCCAAUACAUCAAGGAAAAAAUACAGGAGAAUUUAUCGCUAGAAAGGACAAUUAACCUAUUCCAUUGUCUAAAUGAAGUGGGUAACAAUUCUCUAGUACAGGAAGUUCAAAGAUACCUGAAUUCAGGAAACCUUUCAGCAAAAGACCUCUCACCUGCACAGUAUUCAGCUCUGGCCUUUGUGUUGCUGAUGUCAGAUGAGGAGCUGGAUGUGUUUGAUCUGAAAAAAUUCAUCAGAUUUGGUAAACAACAUUGGAGACUGCUGCCUGUGGUCAAGAUAUCUAGGAAAGCUCUGUAA